AUGGCCUCGCGAAAUCAGUUUGUCUUUGACGGCUUCGCCCCGCCUCGUUCGACCCUCCAGCGCUUCAUAUACAAUGCCUGCGACCCUAUCGCCAACCUCGAACCUAAUCUCGCCUUGAACCUCGAGAUCGUCGACCUGGUAAACUCGAAGAAGGGCAAUGCCCCGCGUGAAGCCGCAUUUACCAUUGUGCAGCUCAUCAACCACCGGAACCCGAAUGUGUCCCUCUUGGCCUUGUCGCUACUCGAUAUCUGUGUCAAAAACUGCGGUUAUCCCUUCCACCUCCAAAUCAGCACCAAAGAAUUCCUCAACGAGCUCGUCCGACGAUUCCCUGAACGACCCCCGCUACGGCCCACUCGUGUGCAGAGCAAGAUCUUGGAAGCCAUUGAAGAAUGGCGGUCGACGAUAUGUCAAACAUCCAGGUACAAGGAGGAUUUGGGUUUCAUCCGAGAUAUGCACAGGCUUCUGCUGUACAAGGGCUACAUGUUCCCAGAGGUGCGGAGAGAGGAUGCUGCUGUCCUGAACCCCAGCGAUAACCUCCAGUCGGCUGAAGAGAUGGAGGAGGAAGACCGAGCGGCGCAGUCAGCCAAGCUACAAGAACUGAUUCGGCGAGGACGGCCGCAAGAUCUGCAAGAGGCCAAUAGGCUCAUGAAGGUCAUGGCCGGCUAUGACACGAGGCACAAAACGGACUAUCGGGCAAAGGCAGCGGAAGAGGUUGCAAAGGUCCAGCAGAAAGCCAGGAUAUUAGAGGAGAUGCUUCAAAGCCAUCAACCGGGCGAGAAGUUUGGCGACGGGGAUGUUUUCGAGGAGUUGGUCGGUGCACUCCAGAGCGCUCAUCCCAAGAUACAGAGGAUGUGCGAGGAAGAGUCUGACGAUGCCGAGGCGGUCGCUAAGCUCUUCGAAAUCAACGACAGUAUCCAUCGGACGAUCGAGAGGUACAAGUUGAUGAAAGCUGGAGACAUCGAAGCAGCCAACAGGAUCGAAAAGGGAACCCUGGGCACCACGACCGGGGUCAGCAAAAACGCAGCAAACGAAUUGUCGUUGAUCGACUUCGAGCCGGAACCUCCAGCAGCGCAAACGAUACCAAGUCAAUCGAACGGCUCCCUCCUUGAUGCUGGUCCUGCUUCAUCCACUGCACAGCCCAGACCAACGACGGUCGAAGAUGAUUUACUAGGUCUGUCGCUGGACGACCCUGGCGCCGGCACACUGGGCGCGAUCUCCCUUGGACCAAGCACGAAUUUUUCAGCUCCUUCAGGGUCGAUUUUCUCGACCACUUCUAAUGUUGCCCCAACCCAGCCGGCGUUCACGCAAACCGCACCUCAGACUUCACCGAAAUCCAAUUACGACGCUUUUGCAUCACUCGUCAGCUCCAUCCCUUCUUCCAAACCUGCGACUCCAGCUCCUAUGGCACAGCCGCCGCGGGCUGCAAGUCAAGCAUUGGCCGAUCCGUUUGCGGCGCUGGUGUCAUCCAGCUCGCGGCCUUCAACGCCGUCAAGACAAGUCAACACCCCACAACCAUCCACACAGCCAGCUUCGGGCAUGAACCGAAGUCCCGCUGCACCAGCCGAAGACGAAUGGACUUUCGAGUCGUCGCUGCCUGAACCACAAACGGUACAAGUGCUUUCCUCACCUCUCGGGAUCGAUUUUGAAGCCCGACGGACACCAGGGCAGAGCGCGAUCCAGAUAACGGCGCGUUUCUCCAACACAACGCCGCAAAAAAUCACCGGGUUACACUUCCAAGUUGCCGUGGAGAAGAGCUACUCACUCCACCUAAAGCCACAAAGCGGGCGCGAACUCGCUCCCAAUACACACCACGCUGUCCAGCAGGAGAUUUUGCUCAACGGAGUGCCAGAAGGGAAAGGCAACCAGGUCAAGAUGCGUUUCAAAGUAUCAUACGAACUGAACGGACAAGGACAAGAGCAACAGGGCAAUGUUCCGCCGCUAGGGCUCAUCGAUCAUUGGAGUACCAAUUACUCCCGCUCCAAGGCCACGCCCGUCGCACUGAAACAAGCUACUCAGGACACCGUCUGGACGCCAGUCUCCGACGACCUGCCCAACAUGCCGCCAAUGCGAACAGUGUCGCGGGAGAAGCCUCCAAAGACGCAGCGCACUCAAGAGGAGAACCAGGAGAGAGCAUAUAUCGCUGCGUCGAGAAGGAGUGACCGAACUCUCGAGGCUCGCGUGGAAUCAGCACGGAGGGCUUCAGAAGUUCACAAGAGAAGAACUGGACGGGCGCUCCGGAUAACCGCCGAGGAUGUCAUGAACGAGGAGAUGUAUGAGGAAGAGGGGGAUGACCUGCCCCUACAAUAUCGACGUCUUACUGCACAUUUGCAAACGAGCUCGGCCGAUUUCAAUCGCCGCUUCGCCGCUUAUUUGACACACCAGGUGGCGGUCCGGAGUGCCAUAGAGCAGAUGGCUCGAGAUCCUCAUGGCCAGUAUCCCAACAGCGGGGUCAAUAUGUUUCCAUCACCCAUGAUUGCUCAACAUAAUAUGGCACAGUCGCUAGGGGGAUAUCAGCGCCCUGCUCCGUACCCUUCGCCUCAUCAAGCCCAUUUUUCCCUGAAUAGCGCCCGGAUGGCAGAUUCUUCAGCAUCAGCAACCAAGGACCAAGAGUCAAUAUCGCCCUCCGCACCUGUGCCUGCUCCAGGCGCAAUGGAUCACAGUAACUUGUCGAUUCAUGGCUCGGCACAGGUGUCAGACCAGUAUUCUGGAGAGCAUGUCAAGGGUCCGGGCCCAAGAGCAGAUUUUGAGUUUUCGCCACAGCGUCAAAACCCCAGUGCUGCUACCUCUCCUCAAGGCCGAUCCAAUUCAUUCACACCAUUGUGGCAGGACAUGGGGCCAUUCACCACUUCAUUGCCUCCGGAGUCGCAGCAGAUGUUCGCGUAUGCACCUGGCUUUGACGUCAAUGAUCCUUUUUAUGCCAUGCUUAUGCGUGGCUCGGACCAGUACGUCAGCAAUUCAUACUACCCUUGGAAAAAUACGCACAGUUCUGUUAAAGAUAUAUCUGCGAACGACUCAGCCUACCAGGGAAUGAAUGCAACUCUGGCGCCCACGGCACUGGACAAUUUUUCCGAGGGCAUACAGAAGCGCACCAAUAGCACCAUUUCGACGGCCACGACAGUGCUAUCACCUGUCUCUGGAGAACUGGCCGAAGCAAAGUCUCUCUCCAACUCAGGCUUGGACUUUGUAAAGCAGGAAGCCAGAGAACCCAGUUUCGUUGCUGGUAACGACGGCCUAGACUCGGGUCAUGGUACCCCUCCCGGGGACGGAUUUUGGGACCACUUUGUCCGAGAUGGUAGCUGGGAUGGUGGCGACAACGACGUACAAGCCUUUUUUAGUGGGCACAACCUGGAUAAUACCGAUGUGGAUCUGAAGGUCAAACUUGAGGUACAUGAUUGA